CUUGGCCACUUUAACAAGUUGCAAACCUUCCAGCUGACACUAAUUGCCCCAGCUAACACCCCCAUCACAUCCCAGGUACCCCGGGCAAACGGAGAGCCAGCAGCCUGUGCCCCUCAGUCCUUCCUGGAGCAGAUUGUGUGUUGCCUGCGCCCCCAGGACCCGACUGCCAGCUUUUUGGAGGGUCCCUCACCCCAGAACCCGCAUUCUCUGCCCAGCUGCGAAUGGCAGGACUGCCAGGCAGUGUGCCCAGAAUGAUGCGCCCAGCUCCCGGACAGAACUACCCCCGCACCGGCUUCCCCCUGGAAGUGUCCACCCCCCUUGGCCAGGGAAGAGUUAACCAGCUCGGUGGGGUCUUCAUCAAUGGCAGACCCCUACCCAACCACAUCCGCCACAAGAUAGUGGAGAUGGCCCACCACGGAAUCCGGCCCUGUGUCAUCUCCCGGCAGCUCAGGGUGUCCCACGGGUGCGUGUCCAAAAUCCUGUGCAGGUACCAGGAGACCGGCUCCAUCCGCCCAGGGGCCAUCGGAGGCAGCAAGCCCAGGCAGGUGGCCACUCCUGAUGUGGAGAAGAAGAUUGAGGAGUACAAGAGGGAGAACCCGGGGAUGUUCAGCUGGGAGAUCCGGGACAGGCUGCUCAAAGAUGGACACUGCGACCGCAGCUCUGUGCCCUCAGGUUUAGUGAGUUCGAUUAGCCGAGUCCUGCGAAUCAAGUUCGGGAAGAAAGAGGAUGAUGAGGAUUGUGACAAGAAGGAGGAUGAAGGAGACAAGAAGACAAAACACAGCAUUGAUGGCAUCCUCGGCGACAAAGGGAAUCGUCUGGACGAUGGAUCAGAUGUUGAGUCGGAGCCGGAUCUCCCUCUGAAGCGCAAGCAGCGUCGCAGCCGCACAACCUUUACUGCGGAGCAGCUGGAGGAACUCGAAAAGGCGUUUGAGAGGACUCAUUAUCCAGAUAUAUACACCCGCGAGGAGCUGGCACAGAGGACGAAGCUCACCGAGGCCCGUGUCCAGGUCUGGUUUAGUAACCGCCGAGCCAGGUGGCGCAAACAGGCGGGAGCCAAUCAGCUGGCGGCAUUUAACCACCUGUUGCCAGGAGGAUUCCCUCCCACUGGAAUGCCAGCUUUGCCACCCUACCAGAUCCCGGAUACGUCCUACCAGGCAGCCAGCCUUGCACAAGAUGGCGGGAGCACCGUUCACAGGCCCCAGCCUCUCCCUCCGUCCUCCAUGCACCAGGGAGGUCUGUCGGCUGCCACAGCAGAUACAGGGGCCGCCUAUGGGGCCAGACACAGCUUCUCCAGCUACUCAGACAGCUUUAUAAACCCAGGAGGGCCAUCCAACCACAUUAACACUGUCAGCAAUGGCCUCUCCCCACAGGUAAUGAGUAUCCUUAGCAGCCCCAACGGAGUUGGACCUCAGUCCCAAUCAGACUUUUCCAUCUCUCCUCUGCACGGUGGUUUGGAGACCAGCAACUCUCUCUCUGCAAGCUGCAGCCAGCGCAGUGACUCCAUCAAGUCCGUGGACAGCCUCUCCACCUCCCAGUCCUACUGCGCACCUACGUACACCAGCACCGGCUACAGCAUGGAUCCUGUGGCCAGCUACCAGUAUGGACAGUACGGACAAACUGCUGUUGACUACCUGGCAAAAAACGUCAGUCUGUCCACACAGCGUCGGAUGAAACUCGGGGAGCACUCGGCUGUCUUGGGCCUCUUGCCCGUGGAGACUGGACAGGCUUACUAAGAGAUUCCAAACCUGAGAAUGUCAACGCUAACCAGCACUAGACUUCACCAUGAAGUGGGACUAACAUAUGCAUCUUCCAACAUUCAUCUGCCCCCCACUCCAUCCACUUCUUUCAUCCGCCGAGGCAAUGAAAUAAGGAUGAUGUGCUGCCCUAAUCCCUUGUUCAUUUAAGUAGCUGCGCCCGUGAGCUGCUCAUGCACAGAACUGAAGAGGUGACAGCAUGUACGAGGAUCCUUUUCUUCCCAAAUAAUUAAUAUUAACAAAAGCCAGAGUACCACCAUACUCAGCUCAGUGUGCUUUUGAAGGCCACAUGAAUUUUAAAAACUGACACAUGGAGACACGAUGGACUCCAAGCUGCCUCAGGCUGAGGAAACGCUAGAUUCUAGGAAACAAUGUUUGUGAAGUCUCCGUGGUUGAUAAAUAAUUUGAGUUUUCUGUUUAAUUUUUACUUUGUUUUGUGGCCAAGAAGCUGUUCACAACAAUCAAUGAAUAUCUCGAGCAUAAAGCUAGGGAAAUACUAGUGAGUGAACACUUACACUAGCAAAUACACCUGUUCCUCCAUCCCCACUCACCAGUCAAGCUUCUCAGACUGGUACAACCUCUAUAAACAGUUACAAACUGCAGCUAAAAGCGCAUCGGUAAAAUGGACAAAGAAGGUUUAUCCAAAAUGUUGCAAAUUUUUUUAAAUACUCACAAUGAGGUGCGUGGCCCUGGACAG